AUGCCUGCUGCGAAGCCCACGCCACAGCCUAGAAGACCAAUACGCAGAUUCGAAUUGCAGGAUGUCCGCUUUAAUGGCAGAUCAAGCUUCUAUAAAGACCCGCAGCUUGUGCUGAAGCCGCAACUCGAUCUUGUUCCUCGUAGACCAGUCGAUGGCUCGCGACUUCGGAUGCCUCUAUGGCGAAAUUACUUGAUGGUCCAUGUUAAAGACAGGGCUGAGGAACUGGUCAAGCUCGACCUUGCAGACUUUCGUCCGUCGGAGGGGCCUACAGACAACGGUGCACCAGAGCAAUUCAUACGCCGCGCCCAACAUGAACCUGUUCUUUAUGUUCGAUAUCCUUCCAACACUCAAGAUGGAUCCUCAAUACUCAGAGCCACUCUCAAAGUUGCUUCGGACUUUGAGACUGUCUUGAAGGAAUUUGAUGAUUUAGGGAUAAAUGUCGACUGUUAUCAAGAGGAAUUGCAGCAGGAUCAGAGUUAUUCUUGGAGCCAGCCUUACAGCCAAUCACAAAACGUCUACUACCACCCGACUCCAAACGCCAUGUCUCCCCCACUGCCACCACACAGCUCGCCAUACAGCUCAUCAAAUCACUCACAUCCUUACAGCUCAAGCCCACCAUAUUCAAUUGCACCAAAUCCACCAUAUCACUAUCCCAACGCAGCACCAGAUCAACUCACCUAUCAGCGAUCUGCAAGUCAACCGGUGGGAUAUCCUGGUGGUUAUCAAUCUCAAGGACAGUGGUCGCCUCCAGUGAUGCCAUCCCCGGCAGCAACAACCAUUGGAAUCCCUGGAGUACUCGGAGCGGGCAUAUACAAGGUUAGCAAACUCGGGUCAUUUUCGUCUUCUCGAUCAAGGUCACGGAAAAGCCAACCCUCUCGAGGAGGGCACGGCUCUGCUCCUGGGAAACAUCUCGACGAUAACCACCAAACAACCCAAUCGCCUAGCAGUGGAAUAUCCAGCCCACAUCCUCUUCCGGACUCUUCCUAUUCUGUAUCCGUGCCCAGGAGGCUUCUCCAGCGAGUGCAGACAAUUAUUAGUGAAUCAGAGAGCCAAGAGACCAUUUCGCAAGCGUCGACUCUUACGUCAGACUAUGAAGACCCUUCGACACGACCGUUUGGGGGUUUGAGAAUACCAGAGGAGGAAGAAGCUGGAGAGGCAUCUAGCCAACAGACCGCGAUCACCACGGUGGCAUCGACUAGGUCAGCCACGAGUACUGCAAUGGUGCCUGCACAUCCAAAUACCUCAACAGAAAUAGUUCCCUAUAGGCAAGCACAACAAAAGCAUGACCCUCCGGACUCGGGGAGAAUCAACAUGCAGGCACUGCUGCGCAUCUCGCAGAUACAACAGGAAGGGCUGGUUGAUGCGACGAGGUUAUGGGAGGAUAUGAUGGAGAAGGGGAGGAAUGCGAUUGCUGGGGUGGAUGAUCCGGAAGAGGCAUUUAGAGUGUUGUCGGGCUUCCAGGAGGAGUUCAUCAGAAGAUGGACUAGGGUGGUUGCUUCAACAGUGAGGGAGAUGAGGGAAGUGGAGAAUAAGAGCGCAAUGUAA